AUGGUAGAUUAUGAGAAGCUUAAUUCAAUAAGAACUAAGGAUUCAUUUUCGAUUCCAACUAUUGAAUCAACCUUACAACAAUUAGCUGGAAAUCGUGAUUUUUCAAAGCUUGGCUUACGAUCAGAUCAUUUUCAGAUACCAAUUCAUGAGAAUGACAAACCCAAAACAGCAUUUAUAACAACAACUGAUCUCUGGGAAUUUAAUGUUUUAUCAAUGGGUUUAACAAAUGCUCCACCAAGUUUUCAGAGAACUAUGGAUAAUUCAAUUGACAAUAAUCGUGAACAAUAUUGUUUGCAUAUUCGUGAACUACAAUUAUCUGAUCAUCCAACAUUAAAACAAGCUAAUGAAUUUAUCGGUGAACUAGAAUUUAAUGGAAGGUUUAUUAAAAAUUUUUCAAAAAUAACUAUUCCAAUUUACCGAGUUACAAAUUUAAGCAAGAACAACAAACAUAAUUUUAAAUGGCAUGAAGAACAAAGACAAGCCAUUUAGCAACUGAAGGAGAUUAUUACUGGAGCAGAAUUAGUACUUGAUUUUCCGAAUCCAGAUUUACAAUAUAAAUUGUCAACUGAUGCUUCAAAUGUUGGUCUAGAUGCUGUACUUAAAGAAGUACCUAAAGAUAGAAGAAUAAAAAUAAUUUAUUAUUUAUUAUGUACUUUAUCGAAAAAUGAAUCAAGAUAUUCUACUACAGAAUUAGAAGCAUUAGCAAUGAUGUAGACUAUUAUAAAAUGAUGUUCUUGUUUACUUGAAAAAGAUUUUAAAGUUGAGACUGAUCAUUGCCCUUUAUGCCAAUUCCACAAAAAAAACAAAAAAGACAAGUGUCAUUGUGAUGUGCUAAUUUAUUUUUUCGUUACCUAUUACACAGUGAUGAAAACCCGUUCAAUGACUUCAUGAUCAGAAAACAAGAAGAAGAUUAUUUGUUUCCUCAUGUAGACAAAUUAGAUGAUACUGAACUAGACCUUCAAUCAGGAAUACCAAUCAAUGUUAUUGCUCAUUCUGCUAUUUAUGGUCAAGUAAUAGUGUAAGAAUCCAUAAAUUAAAAGGAAAAAAUUUAUCUUCAUCAUUGAAUACGAACAAGCAUGUAAUGUUACCUACAUCACCACAUAUGCAUAAGACUGCAACUUCAUUCUCAUCAUUACCAUCAAACAAGUUAUGUAAAGUUUCUUCAAUACAUACUGGAUUUAGUAUGAGGAACUUAAAGAAAGCACAAAUGAAGGAUUUUGAAAUUCAAGAAAAAAUAAAAGAUCUAGUUAAUGAUGAAAGUUAUGAAAUUAUUAAUGAUAUUAUUCAUCAAAUUAGUUCCAUGUGAUAAAACUAAAAUUAAACUGCCAUGAAUCCCGAAAUCAAUGAUCAGCCAAGUGUUUUUUCUUUAUCACAAUCAUCAUACAGCAGCAUAUCUAGGGAAUCAUAACACGUCACAUAAAUUGAUCAACAAGUACUAUUGGCCUAGUAUGCAUAAGGCAAUAACAAAUUAUAUAUAAUUUUGUAUGAAAUGUGCAAAAUAUAAUUAUAUAAGAACAAAAUGACCCGAUAAAAUGAAUAUUAUCCCAACACUCAAUGAAGUAAUGAGUUUGAUAGAUAUAUAUUAUUAGGAUCCGACUAAUUAUCUUACGACAAAAGGUAAUCAAUAUGUGAUUACAAUGACUGAUUACUUGUUCAAGUUCAUGUUUACAAGAGCAGUAAAAACCAAUUCAGCUCAAGAAGUAGU